GCAGCUUAACAAGCUGAAGAAAGCAGGGAUGGGAGAGGGCGAAGAAUCAAAGACGAAAGCCGAAGCAGGAGUUGAAAUCCAGGAGAGAGGAGAAAUAUUCUUCUUCUACAGACCUAAAGUUGGAAAGCAAGAGGUCCAUGGCCCUGACCACGUGCAGCGCUUCUACAUUAUUCUGCGUCCGGAGUCGGGGGAGAGGGCGGUGGAGGAGAAACAACUCCCUAAUGCGAGUACCAGCCGCACCCAGGAAGUGAACAUUGAAAAGCAACCCCUGUUGCGGUUCAUGAUCAUGGGUCGAAAAAGGCUGCCAAACCCAGCCCAAAAGCGUCGACCAUACUGGGGAUUCGUAGAUAUGGUGACAACCAAUGUCCAAGACGUCAAGGCCGCCCUCCAAGAAGGGGAAUACGAGACUUGGACGAGAGGACAUCGACACAUUUCGGCUGCAAGAGCUGUAGGCGAAGGCAUUUACCGGUUAGUAAGGCAUAAUAAAGCAGACACACACACACAUUUGAUCUACAAGCUGGAGUUUCCCUCAGAGGAUGAGGAAAACGAGCCUCAAAACUCGUUUAACAUUCAAAGGGAGGGCUCGUUUCUGAUAAUGAUAAAGAACCCAGAUGUAGAGGGGGAUGGUUCUCGCAACAAACGAAGGGCUCAAUUCCCAGCCCACCUGCAAGGGGAGUUUGGGCAUACGCGGUUUCACCCGGCAGACCCGCCGGACUACUUGAAUUUUGAAGGGUGCGAGUUCUUGCUCAUAUCCGCCUCGGAUGAUAUAGAACAGGAGCUGGGGUUGGAGCUCACCGCUGCGCCCCAUGAAUGUGAUUUGGUGAAGACGUUUGGCGAGACGACCUCGACCCAGCCUCUUCUCAAGGGCACUUGGGUAUAGUGUAGUAAGGUACUAGAAUAAAUCAUAUCUCUAAUAAUCUACUGUGGGUGUGGGUCUAGUAAAAUAGAUC